AUGUCUACUCUCCUGGAAAACAUCAUUGCCAUCAUCAAACUAUUUCACGAAUAUUCAAAAACAGAUAAGGAGACUGACACAUUGAGUAAAAAAGAGCUGAAGGAACUUCUGGAAGCAGAGUUUCAGCCAAUCCUGAAGAAUCCAGAUGACCCAGAUACUGCUGAUGUCUUCAUGCAUAUCCUCGAUGUAGAUCACAACAAUAAAAUAGACUUUACAGAGUUUUUCCUGAUGGUAUUCAAGUUGGCUCAAGCAUAUUAUUAUACCCAGAGACAGAAUUUCAAGACAUUAGGGAAAAAGCAGAAAAAGUAUAGAUACCAUUAUGAAGAUGAUACAGAAGAAGAGGGUAAAGAAGAAAGAGAAAGAAAGUCCAGUCAUUCAAGAAGAAGUGAUGGAAAGAAAAAAGAUAGAACAGAGAGCCCAAGAGGAAGAGGAAAAAACAGACAUGGGUCUAGUUCUGGAAGGGAAGGAAGAAGAGCUGACAGAGCUACUUCUCGACACAGACAUGGAUGUGGGAAGAAAUAUCAUGAAUCAAGUAGGGAAAAGAAAAGGAGAGCGAGUUCUACUGAACUAAAAGAAAGAAGUCACAUGUCAAGUGUUAGCCCCACCAGGGAAUAUGAAGGAAAAGAAGAAGAAUGUGGUUACGAAAAUAAAGGUAGAGGAUGUGAAAAAUGGAUAGGAUCAGAGCGUAAGGGCUCAUAUCAAGUUUGUGAAGAAACUGUGACUAUGGAUUUUCAAUCUGGUUGCAGUACACACCGGGGAUCCAGUAUCAGUAAGGGCAGCGACAGCAAAGAACAUUCACAAGAUUCAGGUAGACAACCAGUGAACACUCAUAGAAGGUCGCCAUCCAGCUCAAGGAACCAACAUAGGUCUAACCAUGGCCAGUCAGGAGACAGCUCUAGGCAUUCAGAGUCACAUCAAGGGAAGACAGACGCAAAUAGGAAGAGUGAAUCUGUCCACGGAAAGUCAGGAUCCAGCACUACUCAAAGACAGGGGCACCACCAUGAGCAGGAAAGACACAGCUCCAGACACUCUGGAACUGGACAUGGACACACCUCAGCUGGAUCCGGAAGUGGGAAAGACAGGGAAUCCAGUGUUGGUCAGGCCAGUGACAGCGAAGUACAGUCAGGAGAUUCAGGUAGAUAUUCUGUGACCACUCACGGAAGGUCUGGGUCCAGCUCAAGGAACCAACAUGGGUCUUCCCAUGGUCAGUCAGGAAACAGCUCUAGGCACUCAGAGUUGCAUCAGGGGAGGACAGACACACACAGGAAGAGUGAAUCUGUCCACGGAAAGUCAGGAUCCAGUACUACUCAAAGACAGGGGCUCCAUCAUGAGCAGGAAAGAGACAGCUCCAGACACUCUGGAACUGGACAUGGACACACCUCAGAUGGAUCCAGAAGUGGGAAAGACAGGGAAUCCAGUGUUGGUCAGGCCAGUGACAGAAAAGGACAUUCAAGAGAUUCAGGGAGAUAUUCGGUGACCACUCAUGGAAGCUCUGGGUCGAGCUCAAGGAACCAACAUGGGUUUUCCCAUGGCCAGUCAGGAGACAGCACUAGGCACUCAGAGUCACAUCAGAGGAGGACAGACACACACAGGAAGAGUGAAUCUGUCCAUGGAGAGUCAGGAUCCAGCACUAUGCAAAGACAGGGGCACCACCAUGAGCAGGAAAGAGACAACUCAAGACACUCUGGAAUUGGACAUGGACACGCCUCAACUGGAUCCAGAAGCAGUAGGCACAGGGAAUCCAGUGUUGGUCUGUCCAGUGACAGUGAAGGACAGUCAGAAGAUUCAGGUAGACAUUCUGUGACCGCUCAUGGAAGGUCUGGGUCCAGCUCAAGAAACCAACAUGGGUCUUCCCAUGGCCAGUCAGGAGACAGCACUAGGCACUCAGAGUCACAUCAAGGGAGGACAGACACACACAGGAAGAGUGAAUCUGUCCAUGGAGAGUCGGGAUCCAGCACUACGCAAAGACAGGGGCGCCACCAUGAGCAGGAAAGAGACAACUCAAGACACUCUGGAAUUGGACAUGGACACGCCUCAACUGGAUCCAGAAGCAGUAGGCACAGGGAAUCCAGUGUUGGUCAGUCCAGUGACAGCGAAGGACAGUCAGAAGAUUCACGUAGACAUUCUGUGACCACUCAUGGAAGGUCCGGGUCCAGCUCAAGAAACCAACAUGGGUCUUCCCACAACCAGUCAGGAGACAGCCCUAGGCACUCAGAGUCGCAUCAAGGGAGGACAACACACAGGAAGAGUGAAUCUGUUCACGGAAAGUCAGGAUCCAGCACUGCUCAAAGACAGGGGUGCCACCAUGAGCAGGAAAGAGACAGCUCCAGACACUCUGAAAUUGGACAUGGACAUGCCUCAGUUGGAUCUGGAAGUGGGAAAGACAGGGAAUCCAGUGUUGGUCAGGCCAGUGACAGAAAAGGACAUUCAAGAGAUUCAGGGAGAUAUUCUAUGACCACUCAUGGAAGACAGUCAGCUUCCACUCAUGGUCAGUCUGAGUGUAGUCAUAAGCAAACUUGGUCCAGCACAAGAGGAAGACAAGGCUACCAAGGAGAAUUAGAAGACAACUCUAGACAUUCAGAAUGUCAACAUGGCCAGACAGCAAUUCAUGGACAUUCUGGGUCUACCCAAAGAGAAUCUGAGUCCACUAUAACAGGAAGACGUGUACAGUAUUUGGCUAUGGAAAAUCAGGAGAUAGCUCUGAAUACUCCAGUUCUGCUUACAGACAAUCUGCACAUACAAGGUCUAAAUCAAGUGCAAUCAUCAUCUACACAGACUGGAUCUGGAAUAAGCAGACGGCAAGGAUCCAGUUACAGUCAGGCCACUGAUAGUGAAGGGCAAUCAGAAGAUUCAGAGAGACAGUCAGAAUAAACCCAUGGGUGGUCUAAGUCCAGUUCAAAAAACCAGUAUGAAUCCACUCAUGGCCAGUCACUACACAAGUCUAGAUAUUCAGGGUCUCAUCAAGGCCAGAGAGCCUCCCAUGGACACUCAGAAUCCAGCAGAGGAAUAAAUCAAGGAUCCUGCCACAAGCAGUCAAGACAUAGCUCUGACACUCAGGCAAGCAGACAUCGAGGAUCCAGUUCCGGUCAGGCCAGUGAUAGUGAAGGGAAAUCAGAAGAUUCAGAGAGAGCAUCAGCUUCAACUCACAGACAGUCUGGAUGCAGACAUGUGAAAUAG